AAAAACUUAAGUUUCGGAUAUUCUAAACUGAUGCACGUCACUAAAAAUAAGUUAUGUUUAAUCGAAGUCGAAGCAGUCGAAGUCUCACAACCCGUGUGUAGCGUUUGAUAUUAAGAUAUAGGUACCUGAUAAAAUAUUAUCAUCAUAAACACAGCAGCUAUUACCGCGUUAUCUAACUGUUCUGUAAUGAAUAUCUGUAGAUUGUAGGUACUAUUCCUAACAAUUGCCAUAGUAAUGGUUUGUUAGUCAAAGCAACCUAUACGUUUCGCGGUAUCUAUUUUUAUUUGUAUUAGGUAUAUUCUGUGCGUAUUUCCUGUUCAGUUAGUUACUUAUUAAUGAGGACAUGACAUAACAACUAGUGUUAGCGUCUGUACGGUCCCUUCUUGUAAUAAAAUAAAAAUAAAUAAAGUUUAAAUAGUAAAUAGUUUCAUUCCUAUUCGAUUUUGUAUUGGUUGUGAAAUAUAAGUUUGUUAUUUAAAAUGUCUGUUCGUCAAAGAAAGUUAAAAGAGAAUGACAGUUCUAUUCCGCAUAUCAACCUGAGAAAUCGGACGGUGAAGCAACCACGGCGGCUGAAGAAGAUCUUUAUCUUGCUCAUAGUCCUCGCAUUAUGUGUCACAUACCUUUUAGGGUUGUUCGCUGGCCAGGCGCAGCUGUUCGAUGGGCUGGCCAAGAGUUUGGGCUACGAGAGCGUCUGCCACUAUGCUGUCAUCAUCGACGCCGGAUCUUCGGGAUCCAGAGUGCUGGCUUAUAAGUUCAGAGUACCUUUUACGCUAUUUGGUUCAGCGACUCUGGACUUAGUAGACGAAUACUUCGAGCAGUCCAAACCCGGGCUGUCGUCCUAUGCAGAUGACCCGGCUAAGGGUGCACAAACAAUAGUCGACCUGAUAAAGAAGGCUGAAUUCAUCACUCCUCCCGAGAAGAGGGCGCAGACGCCGCUGAUAGUGCGAGCCACCGCCGGGUUGCGGUUACUACCCAAGGAGAAAGCUCAGCAGCUGAUCGAUUCUGUCUCCUCCGCCAUUUCCAAACUUGGCUACAAUGUUGACAGCAACGGAGUGCAAAUCAUGGAUGGUGCUGAUGAGGGUAUCUUCAUAUGGUACACCGUCAACUUAUUGAACAGCUACCUAGACGGCCGCUCAGACACGAUGGCAGCGCUCGACCUGGGCGGCGGCUCCACUCAGAUCACCUUCCAACUGAGCGAUGACGAGGCACCGCAGUACAAUUCCGAGGACCGCUACGUGGUCCAACAAGGAAACAACAUCACGCUCUACACGCACAGUUAUCUGAACCUGGGCUUACUAGCGGCUCGGUACGGCAUAUUCCGUCUGGAGGCUGGCAACACCACUCAGAUCAAGGAGUUCACGUCGGUGUGCGUCGAUCCGAUAGUGCAGAAGGAGGCCUGGGUGUAUGGCAACAUUGAGUAUACUAUUAAUGGCGCUGCUCGCCGGGCCCUGAAGCGCAAGGCGGUGUACGAGCGCUGCCACGAGCUGGUGAAGCGCUACGUGCUGGCCACGCUGGACUGGGAGCCCUCGCAGCCGCCGCGGGGACAGGUCGCCGCCAUGAGCUACUUCUACGACGUCGCCGCUGACUACGGACUUAUUGAUCUGGUGUCCGGCGGACGGGUGUCCGUGAGCGAGUACAGACAAGCGGCUGUGGUGGCGUGCUCCGCCUCCAACGUGGAGCAGCCCUGGGCCUGCAUCGACCUCGUCUACAUCGUGACGCUUCUGCAAGACGCAUACAAGAUGCAGGACCAUCAGCCCGUGCUUUUAUUCAAGAAAAUCAACAACCACGAGGUGUCAUGGGCUCUGGGGCUGGCGUACACCACCGUCAUGAAUAAGAUAGCCACCAACUAAACGUACGUACCUCAACUUUAUCAACAACUCUUACAACCGACGUCGGCACUGAAGACUUUAGAAGAAUUAUUAAGUUUUAAUACACUGCAAAACAACUGCUUGCCGGGUCUGUAUGACAACCGCGUCGCGCGCGUCGCGAAUUAUAUUGAGCGUUUCGACCAAUAAACGAUACGAAUGCUAUCUACGUAGAUGGACGUCAAACGGCUAUUGGUCGAAGGCCUCGAUAUAAUUCGCGCGGUGCGGUUACCGUGCAGAGCCUUUUGGUUAAGGAAUUGGGAAGUUUCCUAGGUCAAAGAUAAAUUAUGAAAUUCUGAUUGCUAAAUAAAGACUUAACUUAUUUAUGAAUUUAUAAAAAAAAAAUAAUAUAAUAAUACGUGCGACAUUUUGUCAAGUUUUUCUAUGACGUCACAAGCUGCUCUUUCAUACGAAUUCCGUAGUAAUUUUGUGUUUUGACGUUUAGUAAAAAAGUAACUGAUUUGACUAGUUGGAAACUACCCUAUUGCUUGCUAAUGAAUACCAAAUUAUUACUUGUACUCAAAAACGCUUAAUAUAUCUAAGAACAUUUAAACGUCUGACUACAGAGGUAAGACCGUUCAGCCCAACGGAUCAACUAUUUUGUGAUAAAUUUUUGUUCCAUUGUAAACAUCAACCCAUGCCGACGAUGGUGAAAGAGUUGUCAUUAUCAAAAUACAAAAUGUACUGCAUUGCUACGACUUAAUAAAUAAAAUGAUAUUUUAAGUGACUUGAGCUGCAACUAUUACCUCUAGGGGUUCCACUCUAUGUGAUAUACUGUAGAUUACGAAACAUAUUUUACUGUCUGUCUAUAAUUCUAACUUUGAAAUGUCCACAAUAACUUCUUGUGGUAUUACUAUGGAGCUAGAGUCAAGUAGCUAAGAAGUGUACAAGGCUAGAGUAUCAUAAUAAUAUACUAAGUAGUGUUGCCUAUUGCUACUUUCGAUACUAUCGGCAGUCCUAUUGAUAUUAUAGAUGAUUUUCAAGAUCAAUGAAUGUCGUCGUAAUUUAUGCAAAGGACUAAAAUCGAUUCAACCUUUUGUUUUCUUUCUUUUCGCACAAAAUAGUUCGAAUUAUAUGUCGCGAAAAAUAACUAUUUUUUCGCUUCAAUAAUAUAUUUGUUUUGGUUCAAUAUAGGCUCAUGUACAUGCCAUUUACGACAAAAACUUGAGUAGAAAAAUAUAUGGGAUUAUCGAUACUUCUACUACAUUUGAUUCUAGCUUCAUGAAAAUAUUUAUAUUUUAUUGUGGGUUGCCAUUUUCCUAUACAAGGCAAUUGGUAAAUUUUAUAUACAAGAAAAUAAUACAAAUUGGUUUCCUUUAGAAAAAUAAGUGAUGGUUGAAAUGUAGGAUAAAUAAUUAAUAACACUAGGCGAGAUUAAUUUUUAAAGCCAUUGAUUGCUUAUUACAGGUUUAAAAUGGUAACUUUCGCAUUAGUAGCAUGAAGACUGCAUAUCGCGCACGAUGUGAUAUAUGCAGCAAUGCUAUUGGCUACGUGAUAACUAAACAUCGAUUGGUUCAUUUCCAUCGUCGCGCGCGGGCUGUAUGUGGCCACGGUAACAAAUUCAAAUUCUGUCAAACUGACAGUUUGGCGUAGUGUUGCCAUUUUAAAUUGGAAACUUGUAACUUUGGCUUUAUAAAACACGCUUUGUCGUCGAAUAUUUUGCACGGCAUAGUUAGCUUAUUUAAAUAAUGUGUCAUAUAAAUGGUUAUGUAAACCUCGAUGCACAAUUUUAUGAUAUUUAAUAGCAGAAACGCGUUGGAUGUAGUUUUUAAGUUCGAUUCAACUAUUGAGGUAGUCUGCGGGUAAGUUCUUAUUACCGUCGAGGUAUGUGAGCUGAGGUAGACAAACAUUUGGCGGGUUGAGUCAGCUUGACACUCACAUCCGUAUUCUAUGAUGUCGAAUCGAUUUUUUUUCCACCUGACUCGGCAGCAGUUAAGGAUUUUGGUAUUUUAAGUUGCCAUUUACGUCCUCGACUUGAGGACUUUUCUCACUGGAGUCGAGCACGUCGUACUGCCAACAUAAUAAUACGAAAAUAAUGACGUCAUACAUGAGUAGUCGUUACAUGAGUCAUGUCAGGGGCCUUUGGCGGGUCAAUAGUAACCCUGACACCAGGGUUGAUGGGGUUGGUAAUCCACCUCACAACCCAUACGAUAGAAGAUGACGUCAUGCCUCCACUCGACCUCAAUGAAGUAAACUCGAGAUAAGGUUGAGGCGACGUCUAAUUAUACCGAUUUUGAGCUGAGUGCGAGGUCUUCUUUAAGGUCACCUCAACUGAUGACGGAGUUGAGGAAGCUUCUAGAUCUUAGAAUACGGGUGUCAGUCCGCCAAUCAGUCCCUCUCACCCUCCCCCGUCUCGCCGCUCACAUACCUUAGAGAGGUACAUCUAUCCAACAUUCGUCAAUGAUGAUUUAGGAUUAAAACAAAAAUCGACCUUAUCAUGUACGGUCACGAGUACUAAUAUGUAUACACUUUGAAACCAUGUCACAUUAACUUUUUUGUCAAAUUAAACCGUAAGUCUCAUUAAAUGUCAAAUAUGAUAGUGCGACAGGGUUCUAAAGUUGGUACAUGAUAUUGCUUAUGACUGUACUGUGAUCGUUAUUUGUAGGGUCGUAUGCUGAUUGACGGAAUACGGUAUGGUAAAACCACGAUCACACCCAUAGACAAUUAGUGCGAAACGACGAUCAUAGUGCAGUAAUAAUAAGGUCGAUAUUUGUUUGAAUAAAAAGUUUGAUUGACGAAUGAUUGGUGGAUAGAUGUAAUACAUCUCUUAGGGCGACAAGAACUUACGCGCGGACUAUAGUUUACGUGGAAGUUUACAAAACUCUGUUCUCUAAGAAUACACAUAAGUAUUUCCUCUUUAUUUGUUAUACUAAGAAAGUCUUUAUUUAAGUUUACGGAUUGAUUGUGAAUCAUAUGACAAAAAAAUGUUUGAAAGAUAUUUAUAAACAUUUAGUUAUUUUUUUUUAACUUGAUUCUCCGACUUACGAAAAACUUACGUACAGUCCGAUUAAUAUUCUGUUUCCACUUCUACCCAUUUAUUAUUUUUAUUUUUAAGUAUAACAUAACAGAUUUCUAAGUCGGUCGUUCAAGAAGACUUGUAUUAUUUGGCAUUAGUUUCAGCUUGUUUGAGGUUUACGCGUCCCUCUAUGAGUCUGACAUUUUAACGAGGUAAGAACCUGGUGUUUUUAGUUUUAGAUAGCUAAAGGUCAUGAAAAAUAAUACUCGCUUUAGGUAUUUUAUGUUACUGAGGUGAUACAACAGGCGAGAUUGCAGUCAAAUGUCAAGCUAAUAACUCAUUUUUCCAAAAUAAGUAAGUAGGUUUGUACUGAAUUGACUAUUGCCAAAUUAUACAGGUUUUCUUUAAGCUUUACAAAUCCUCAUUGAAUCAGUAAUGUAUUUAUUUGUUCAUAUCUGUAUUUCUCUUACGUCCGAUAGUUCGACCGAUUCAUCGAUCCAGUGAAGUUAAAUGGGAAGACGAAAUGUCAUUGGGCCGAUUGAUCGGUCGACCUAUCGGACGAAUGGGAAACGCCCUUAAUUCCAGUGCAUAAGUCAGGUUUAGAAUCGUUAUUGUAUUUAUUAUUGUUAGUAAAGGAGAGUUGUGUUGUGAGAAGCACUAAGUAGGAUGCAAGUUGAAUUAUAUAUAUAUAUUAUUAUCUUAUAAGGCAGAUAGGGUACCAUUGUCUUUUUAUGUCCCUUUUCAUAUGCUCAAUUGGCAAAUAUUCGUGUAACAUGGAAUAGAUGUAUAAGGCUUGAUGCGAAUUUACUUAGUAUGUAAUGGUCCCGAUUCCUGCAGACACCUCCUAAUUUUACUUUAAGUUAUACCUGUCAUUUUCUUAUCCGCCGAAAAGGAAUGGAACGGAUGAUUGACAGCUCUUAAUUUUAGGAAGAAUGAGUGUAGGGGGAUGAUGAUGAUGAGUAAAUGAAUGAGUAACCCGGGCGAAUUAAAAAUGUAUCUCGCUGGUAUGCAAACCGUUUGACGUGUUGGCAACAUAAUUGUGUCGGGUUAUUGGCCAAUGUAAAAUUUUUAGACGGUUGUUGUUGUGCUUAAAAUAGACGUGUGGUCCAUAAAUUUUAUGCUUGUCGAUUACCCGUUCCUUUCCUUUUCGGCGGAUAAGAAAAUGACAGAUAUAACUUAAAAUAAAAUUAGAUGGUAUUUACAGGAAUUAGCACCAUUAUUUAGUUUAGGUUUAUUAUACCUUUUAUACGUAAACGCAGUUUAACGAGUUAUGUUAACAUAGUAUAGCAUCACGCCUGUAUAUCCGUAGGAGUAGGCAGAGGUAUACAGGGUGUUAGUGACAUCGUAACAAACACUUUGAUGUGUGAUUCAGGCUAUGAUUCUGAGAUGAUAUCAAGCAGAAUUUUCCGUUGCAAAUGUAUGGAACUGAAACUAUAUAUAAUAAAAAUCUUCAUGAAUAUUCAGGAAAAAUCAGCUCAUUUUCCAGCGCAUAAGUAUAUAGAAUUGAAAAUAAUUAAAAAAAAAAAAAACAAAAAAAUACAUUAAUUUUGCGACGUAAAAUUCCACCUGAUUAUUAACCGAGAAUCAUGGUCUGAAUCAUCCCCCUCAGUAUUCAGUACGAUGUCACUAACACCCUGUAAUAUCCCACUCCUCACCAGCUACUGUAUAUUCUGCUAAAUUCAGUGAAAUUGUGGUUAUGGCUUUUUAGUUUAUUAAUUUCCAUAAUGCUUGUUAUACUUAGAGUUUAGAUAAUCUGUCGAAAACUUGACUAUAAACGACAGUAUUUAAUUUAUUUAUUUACUAUCAUCACGAAUACUUGCCACUUGACAUGGUCUCAAAACACUAUCUUCAAAGAAAAUGAGUUUACAAUUUUAACUAUAACUGUUAAGGUCACAUUUAUAUUAUACACUAGUGCGAAUAUAAAAAGAUAUGUAAUUACAUUUUUAAAUUCUUUUCGGUUCUGGUCAGGGAAGAUUCGCUUAAAUUGUGUCGUAAUUUUGACAUAAUUAUGAGGUAUGUAUGACCUCUGGUCUGAUGACCCGUGGUCCCGAGUGUGAUUCCCGUUCAUGUCAAUUUAGGACAAUUUUUUUUCUAAAUUGAUUCGUGUCUGCCCGAUGAAGUUGUUAGUAGAUGAUUUGACAAUAGGAACAUGUGACAUGCGUUCCUAUCGCCAUUUCUUUCUAGGCUCCAUUUCAUUUUUCAACGAAUUUCGAUUCUAAUUUGAGCUAUAAUGAAAUGUAUAGUCAACUACAUGAGUAUCGUAGUGAAGUCGUGCUUCGGAGGAUACUUUAAGCAGUCGCUUCCGGCUACUUUUUACUAAAGUUAGUAGUCAUUACAUGAGCUAUGUCAGGGGUCCCAAUAGUAACCCUGCCAGGGUUGAUGACUCACACGAGAGAAGCGAAGUCUCCUUGUGCCAGAACGAAUUAGUUAAGUCGUUUAUUUCACAAAAUAAAUGAUAAUGUAUAUAGUAAACAUGUAUUCUUAUGACCUGAGCACUGUCUACAUUUAAAACAAACUCGAUAUAAAUGCUAGCAAUAUUUUUUGUGACGUCUAUUCUAACUCCAUUUUGGACACGUUGUUUGUAUCCAAAGUUUUGUAUCGCUUACCUGCACUUAGGUAUUGGGUACCUUGAAGCGGUGAAUCGGUGUUAAUGUGUAAAUUGUACAAAUUUAAUAAAUGUUGGAACUUUA